AAAUGAUUGUUUUAUUCUUUGUCUCAUCAAGGUUAUGCUGAGUGAAGAAAGUUUAAAAACACUUCAGUUUUAUCGAUGCAUACUGAGUCCGUAUGUUGAGUCUUACUGGUUAGCAGCAUCGUCGCUGCUGAAACUAGUUCAAGUAGAAAAAGAAGAGAGUGUCUUCCUACAAGAAAUUCACAAGACAGCAAAAGAAAGGUUACACCAGGGACUAAUAUCUUAUGAAGAGUGUUUUGCAGCUGAUCAACUCAAGAAUGCUGUCAGAUUGUUUGAACACUGGAAGGUGAUAGAGUGUUACAUCCAAGACUCAGUGAAACUGUAUUAUCUGAAUUUGGACUAUAAUUCAGAAGAAGCUGUAAAUGAGAUAAUUAGAAAAAUUGAAGAAUUUAAAGUAUGAUGUAAAAAGAAAAAUUGAAAAGCCGUGUUGAAGGCUGUAUUUUACUCUGUGUAGUGAUGAGAGCUUAUCUAACAUGAAUGCUUUGUCUUCUACAAGAAAAAGUCCCUAUUAAUGUGUUUGGAAAAACAGAACGAACUAGAACAUUUUAUUGAUGAGAGUAAAAAAGCCUCAACUAAUGUAUUUGAAUGGCUUAAAUCCUUUUAUGUAAUGAACAACAAAAGAAAAGUUACAAAUGUAGUUUAAAAUUUACCAUAUAUUUUGCAUUUGAUUUCAAUAAUAGCCUAUACUAAAAUGUAUUUAGAAACUAACUGUAUAACAGUUGUUUUUACACGUAACAACAUCAAAAUCACCAUUAUAUAUAUAUAUAUAUAUAUAACAACUUUGGUUAUUAUGCAGUAACCAACAUUAAUAUAUCAAACUUAUUGUCAUGCGCCAUCUAAAGGUAGCCGAGAAAUGAAAACUAGCUUAAAAGCAUUCCUUGUAGUGUAUUAUUUAUUAAAUAAAACCUCUCUCUCUAAAAAAAAAACUUUCAAGACAAUAGUUAAGAUUAUUAACUUCUUCGUGUAUUAUUAAGAACACCUGUUGUUGUUGUUUUUUAUAGUUCAGUUCCAUAUUUUUUUAUUAAGUAGUUUUUACUGUUGUUGAAUUGAACUUAACCAACACUUUUAGUUUACUGAUUUUAGAUGCAGGUCAUAUUUCACCUGUUGUGCCCAGAACUGUUUAGUGGUUUCAGAUGCAGGUCAUACUUCACCUGUUGUCCCCAGAACUGUUUAGUGGUUUCAGAUGCAGGUCAUACUUCACCUGUUGUGCCCAGAACUGUUUACUGGUUGCAGAUACAGGUCAUACUUCACCUGUUGCACCAAGAAUUACCUACUGGUUUAAGAUGCAGGUUAAAUUUCAUUACCAAGAUUUGAAAGAUGUAAAUUUUUUUGUCAUAUUUUUGCUGUUUUUUAUGUUGUGAUAAAUAUGUUACAAAAGUAGGAAUAUUUUAAAAAUUUGAUUGGUUGUUCAAACUGUGAUAGUUGUCUUUGUUUUGUUUUUUAAAUGGAUAAAUUUAUUAAUUGUAGUUGCUGUGGUUAUCUAGAGGCAGCAGGUACUUAAAUUCGUCUCAGACUGAUUUAAAAUUUCUAAGAAUUUUGGUUUAGUUGCUAAUUCUUCGUAGUGUCGUUCAGUUUGCUGUUUCAAGAAGUUAAGCUUUGCAUUGAUAAGUUUCUAAUUAUAUACAUCUAUUAACUGAUUUUAUUGUCAAUUAAUCUUACUACCAAACUUAAAUAUUAUGCUAAGAAAUUGUGUACUGAUCAGCUGAAAAGUAAAACUUCUAGUUUUUUUGAGUGACUUCUGAAUAAAAUGACUGGUUCAUGCAGCUUAAUUUUUUAAUUUCUUGGAAGUUAAUUCAGAAAAUAACAAUGAUAAAUGUUUAUACCAUAAUUGAAAGCAUACUGAAUGCUGGUUCUUGAUUGCUUUAGAAAAUUAAACCAUGAUCAGGUUACAUUAAAGUUGUGGUCAGUAAUAGCCUUGUAAUAUUUCACAAGCUUUCCAGUCUUUACCCAGUAAACAUUAGAUUUAAUAUUAUGUGAUACAAAAAAAAUAACUGUUUACAGCCCCAUCUGCUGUUUAGAAAGAUAAUCAAAAUAUUUUCAUUUUCAUAUUUAAUUAUUGUAUAUUACAAACUGUUUUAAAGUUUCAGAAUAAUACUUUUUCUAAAGCUAAAAAUGAGUUUUUUAGAUGUGAGAAAAAUAUAUUUAGACUAAACGUAGUCCUGUUAAAAGCAUACGAAAAUCUUAUCCCAAAAAUAUUGGAAGAGCUUUUUUUGUUUUAUUUAAUGGGGCCUGAUGUUACUUAUACUUUUUUUCAGAUAUUUCUGGUUAGACAAAGAAUUUUAAGUGGUUUGAUUUAUCUUUCAUUUUGGCAUUAGACUGAUUUUGGAGGGAAAAAAUCAAUUAACAGUAGCUAUGGGUUGUCCCUCCAUGCAUCUGAUGUAUUAGUUUACAGACUUUCAAUACUAAAUUAAAGGUUCCAUUCCCAUUGUUGGGCAGAGCACAGAUAUCCUAAUGUGUAGCUUUGCAUUGAAAAAUUCAGUAUGCUAGCCUUAGCUGAAGUUGAAAAAGUAAAUGCAACUCAAGGAUGUCAUUAUUUUCAUUCUAACCAAGCCUCCAGAUAUAUUUCUGUACUGUUUAGUUGCAGCAAUACUUUAUAGCUUCAGUUAAUGUAGUUUUUCAUAUAGAUAUUUUAAACUUUUCAUUUGUUUUGGUGAAUUCCUUCAGGAUUUAAAAAAAAAAAGUGUAAUAGUUGUUGAAACACACCCGAAAAGCAUAACCUGUAGUUGUUUUAAUGCCUUCUCUUACCUGUAGAGCCAGUUUAACGUGUUCAGUGCUGAGGACACUCGUGUACACGUUUAGUAUUCAUUCGUGUGUUCUCACCAUGCACAUCAUAAGUACAAAAUGGUAAAGAUUACGUGUUGUAGAUUUGUUGUUAUUAUUAUUGUUUAAAUUAAAAACAACAAUAUUUUACUAAAACUUAUCAGCAAGCAUCGAAACAGUUAACAUGUUAACUUUGUAGUUUGCCAGGUAAGGUCAUUUAAAGGUUGUUUGAUGAAAUGACAAGUUAUUCUUUUGUGAUGCAGUGUUACUCAAACCAAAGCCAAGGGCACAUAAGAACCUUUGAAAAACAUGCCUUAAAAUUGUAGGGCAGUCACCCUUGAAUUGUUUCUGCUGAUUUAACUUUUUAAUAAUAUAAACAAUUCUUAAGUUGUUGUUUUUUUAAACAGAUUAUGUGUAUAAGAGGUCUGACUGGGGUAACUGACAUAAACAGUUUGGGAGUCACUGACUUCAAGUGUUAAACAACUCUUAAGUUGUUUUUUUAAACAGAUUAUGUGUAUAAGAGGUCUGACUGGGGUAACUGACAUAAACAGUUUGGGAGUCACUGACUUCAAGUGUUAUUUUCCUUAUCCUUAUUGUAAUGUACAAAAUAAAUGUCAGUUGGAAAUAGAGGUUUACUUGUUACUCACAGCUUUGACGUACUUUUCAUAGCUACUCUUUAAAAUUGAUAGUUCUGCUUGUAAUCGGUUAUUAAAUUUAUUUUAAUUCAUGAACUUCAAGAUAAAAAUUGGAGGUGGUUAACCGUAAACAACAAAUCAACCUGUUUGCUGUAACAUAGACAUUUAUUACUGUAUUGGAGAAAAAAAAUUAAGAUCUUAAAAUUAAAAACCUACAGACUUUGACUCCAAGUGGAGUUGCUCGACCAAAACCAUGAAUUAGAAUAGAAAUUUCAGUUUGUCUUUAUUAAAAAAAAAAAAAAAAAAAAACCCUACAGCCAAC